GCAGAAUUUUGCAAAGCCCUAGAAGCUGAGGAGGGUGGUAAAAAAUUCAUAGUUGAUAAAUGGCAAAGAAAAGAGGGAGGUGGAGGUAUCACCUGUGUGAUGCAGGAUGGUGAAGUGUUUGAGAAGGCAGGGGUUAACAUUUCUGUUGUCAUGGGCAACCUUCCGCCAGCGGCUGUACAACAAAUGAAGUCAAGAGGGAAAAGCCUAGAAGGAAAGACUCUGCCAUUCUUUGCUACUGGAGUGAGCUCAGUAAUACAUCCUAAAAAUCCCAAUGUUCCAACCAUACAUUUCAACUACCGUUAUUUUGAAGUAACAGAUGAAACUGGAAUGAAACACUGGUGGUUUGGUGGAGGCACUGAUCUUACACCAUACUUUCUUGAUGAAGAGGAUAUUACACAUUUCCAUAAGACCUUGAAGACUGCCUGCGAUAAACAUGACAAAAGCUAUUAUCCGAGGUUCAAGAAAUGGUGCGAUGAUUAUUUCUACAUCAAACAUAGAGGUCAGUCUCGUGGUGUUGGUGGUAUUUUCUUUGAUGAUUUGGACGACGGCUCUGCUGAAAAAACUUUUAAAUUUGUUUCUACCUGUGCAUCAUCAGUCAUGCCUUCAUACAUUCCAUUGGUGAAGAAAAAUAAAAAUAAAGGUUACUCCUACAAGAAUAGGAGAUGGCAGCUUCUUCGCAGAGGUUAUUACGCAGAGUUCAACUUGGUGUAUGACAGGGGAACGAAGUUCGGACUUCAGACGCCUGGUGCGAGAAUAGAAAGUAUUAUGAUGUCUCUACCACUGAAUGCUAGUUGGGAAUACUGUCAUAAGAUAGAACCAGGAUCCCCUGAACAGAAGUUAACAGACGUUCUAAAGAACCCAAAGGACUGGGUUUGAACCAAAAGUGUUCAUUACACAACAGCAUUUACCUUGCAUUUAAAACUGCCAUGAUUAUAUACAAAUUUUCCUUUUAUUUUCUUCUUUUUUUAUUAUAUAUUAUGGAAGUCUCAGUCAUUUAUAAUAGAUUUAUAAAAAAAAUAAUGAUAUAAUAAUUACAUGCUAAUAAGAAAAUAUUAAACAAUUUAAACAGCCAAAAGGAGGUAGGAAUAAUUUACUGUAGCUGUUGAAAGUGUUUUUCUUAUCAGCAUCUGAUUUACUUAGUCGUUGACCUAAUUAUCAAGAUGGGCAAGAGGUAUGUUAUCAAAAAAGGUGUGACUUUAAAUGAUAAACAGGUCAUAGAAACAGUUUCCUGGAAAAAGUCAGAAAUUUUCAAAUUUAGAACAUCUAAUUGGCUAAAGAAGUAGGACUGUAGGACAGAGAGGUGAUUUAGUCAGUUAUGUUAGAUUAUAUCUUAAGACACACUGUAUUUUUUGAGAGAAUUUUUGAUUUGUUGAUAUAAACAAGAUACCAAGAGAUUCAGUCUUAUUUGAAUAUUUUUUACAUAGGACAAAUAAAUCAAAAACUAACAAAAAUUUUAAAUAUCAAAUACAUGCUUUGGUUUAUCAGCCUCAUUUGUUGAUACAUGAUUAUAUUUUUACAUGAAUAUUUGAAGCAAACUGUUUGUUAUUUGGCUAAAUUUGCAUAUGACUCGAAUUUUCUCUUUUCUGAUUCAUAUUCACCUGUUAGUUGUAUUCUGGUCUUAAAUCUAUUUUUGCUUAAAUUUUUCUGAAAUCCUCUUUAAACUUUUCCCCUUUAAUUGGUGCAGGCAUUUAUUGUCCCUAUUUAUCCAUAUCAGUUUUUUAAAUAUGAUAAAAAGAUGUAAAUUAAUUUUUUCUUC